ACGCACUAUUACAUUCUGACCCGCCAUAUGAUUUUGCACGAUCAUCUUCUCAACAUGAUAUCUUUUGUGGUUACUAUUCUGCUGCAAGAGGCUUUUCAGGUCACAGAUGCCACCUUGGACCCUUGCUCUGCCUACAGCAGCCUGAAUGAGCCAUGGAGGAACACCGACCAUCACAUCAAUCAGUCCUCCGGGGUGCCUCUGUGCGACAACCACAUGUCCGGAGAGUGGUACCGCUUCACCGGCAUGGCAGGGGACGCCAUGCCCACCUUCUGCAUCCCCGAGAACCACUGCGGCACUCACGCUCCCGUCUGGCUCAACGGCAGCCACCCUCAGCCGCAGGAAGGCGUGGUCACGCUUCCUGUGUGCGCCAGCUUCGGGGACGACUGCUGCCAGUGGAACGCCAGCGUGGACGUGAAGGCCUGCACUGGCGGGUACUUUGUGUACCGCCUACCAAGACCUGCAGUUUGCUUCCAUGUGUACUGCGCUCAUUUCUACGACAUCUGCGAUGACGUUCCAUGCGCCGGUCCGAGAUGUCCUGACUCGGAAUGUCGCUGUGCUCCUGGAACUGUUCUGGGACCGGACAGACAAACAUGCCUGGAUGUGAAUGAGUGUGAGACGGCCAAUGGUGGCUGUGCAGAGGUGUGUGUCAACACCAAAGGGUCCAGACGCUGCGAGUGUGGUCCAGGCCGAGUGCUUGAAGAGAAUGGGGUCAACUGUAAAGAGAUGGCAGCAGGUUGCCAUGUCAACAAUGGAGGCUGCAGCCAUGGGUGCUCAUCCCUGCUUGACUCUCAUCAGUGUCACUGUCCUAGGGGGCUGCAGCUGAGCAACGAUAAACACACAUGUCAAGUGCCAGUCCAGUGUGACCCCAGCAGUAUUACAGUGUCAGUACCAAAGGACCUGGUUGGAGGUCUGGACCUCUUCUUGUCCAACUCCUCAUGUGUUGGUGUCUCCAAUGGUACACACGUCAACCUGAGCUUCAGCCUGAAGACAUGUGGUACUGUUGUGCAGGUCACAGAAGACAAGAUAGUGGGCACCAACUUGGUGACGGGCCUCCCCAGGUCCAGUCCUGGUAGCAGCAUGGACCUGAUAGUCCGCACCAGUAAAUUAGUGCUGCCAGUCACCUGUGAGUUCCCCAGAGAGUACCAAGUGUCUGAUGGUUACCAGGCCAGUCAGCGCAGCGUCGACCUGCAGCUGGCGGGCCACAGUCAGGGCGUCUUCCCCUUCUCACUGGAGCUCUUCAAGAGCGCCCAGUUCUCCGAGCCUUACCGCACGCCGCCCCAGCUGCGCCUUCACGACUCCCUCUUCUUCGGCGUGGAGCCCAAAGAGCGGGUGGAGGGUCUCUCUGCUCUGGUAGAAAGCUGCUUCGCCACGCCAGGACCCAAAGCUGACCAGGCCAUCAAGUACUACCUCAUCAAAGACGGGUGCAUCUCUGAUGAAACAGUGACUCAGUACUCAUCCAAGGACCAACUCUCCAAGCACUACCAGGUUCCUGUCUUCAAGUUCAUUGGCAAGGAAAACCGGCAGGUCUUCCUCCACUGUCAGGUGUUGGUGUGCAGCCUGGGGGACUCUCGCUGUGCUCAGCCUUGUCGGGGACGCUUCCGUCGGGAUGUGCCAUCUCAGGAGCGGCACACGCUGAGCGGAGGCCCCAUCUUCAUCCAACCAGACGGAUUCGAACUCCAGGGACACGUUUGACUCACAAAUGUUUCUUUGAGCACAUUGUUCUUGUGUUAAAACGUCAUUUUUCUAUAACUGCUCAUGAUGAGGUUCAGGGUCACAGGUGAGCUGGAGCCUAUCCCAGCAAAUGUUUUGUGUGACAUAUACACAAAACCAUUAAUUUCAACACACAUUCCAGGACAAUUCACCUAUGGUUUUGGAACUGCAGAAUAAACUUUACAGAGAUCUCUGCCAUUUUAGCUGACCUUGUAGUGAGAGACAUUUAUGUUAAGUCUGUGGUCACAUAAAUAACAAAUAUAUUACACUGUUGUCUGGUACAUUCAGAAUUAUUCCCACAAAACACUCUGGAGUUAUUAAAGAAAUGGAUUUUGAUAGAGUCAUAAGGCCCAACAAUUGGCCUUAAAGAUGGAUGCACUGCAGAAAGUGUACAUGUAGUUCAUUAUUAAAUAUUCCAAUCUCACUUGCUGUAAUUCCAAAAUGAUAAAACCUGAUAGUUUUGAUAGCUACAGUUUGUGUCCACAGUGUCACAGUUCG